AGAAUGAACACAAUGGACGAAAGGUGUUUUCUGAUAAUAUUCUGUUUCUUCUGCUGGACACCCGUGGUAGUGGAGACUAAGAACCACACGAGGAUUCAGGCGGUGGAGGGAAGGGGUGUGAGGUUGCCGUGUUGGGCUGACAUGGGGGUCGACACCAAAAACCACCUCGACAUCGAAUGGAUGCUUGUUGGAAACGUCACGUCUCCUGUGAUAAUGAUGUUCAGCGGUGGAGUAGUUUACAAUUGCCUUUCCCCUCCGAAGAGCGAGAGAUUCUCCUUUGCCUCGAACAAUGUCUGGGCAGGAAACGCUUCCCUGUACAUCAGGUCCCUGGAGCUAAACGACAGCGGCAAUUAUCACUGUAAGAUCAAGCAGGGAGCAGCUCAUUAUCAGAACGUCGUGACUCUCAGCGUCAAGCAAGAUGACAAGUUUACCACCUGGAUUCCUGCCACUCUAUCCACUGUGACCGAGGACAUCACAGGUCAUUCAAAUAAGACAACAUCGCGUGACCUGAAGAUUGUAGAAAUCAGCGUUAUUCUUCUGUUAGUCUUUGUGCUGCUCCCGACAGUUUUUUUCAUUCAUUCGCUGCCAAACAUCAGGAAUCUGGUGCGAGCGUCAAGGGGAUCUUCAGACCAGACUGUUAGCUUUGAGUCUCAGCAGGUUCAGCAGUCCGGGGUGACAGAGUGCUUUAGUAAUGAAACGGCAGACUCCAUGUCACAAAAGUACAACACAACCCCUGCCUCGGCACUGAGUGACAGCGAAGAGAUCACCUACGCAUGCAUUCAGAACCUGAGUAGAGGCUCCGAGCAGAAUGAGCCAAUGGACAACUACCAAGACGUUGUAUAUGUUUCAAUACACAAGGCCAGUGCAUGAAUCAAGGACUCGGAGAUGUGAUCAGUGCGGAUAUACAGCGGAUCACAUAGACAGCUCACAGCGCCUCACACAGUAAGCUUCCAACUCCAACUGUGGACAACUGGGGUGAUACCAGAUGCUUCCUAUCAGAAAACAAAUCCUCACUCUUCAGUUAGACCUGGGAGUUUGGUUCACGAAUGCAAUGGAUAAGCAGAGCUCGCGAGUUGCUUUCCCUCCCUCAGCAAAUGCUCUUCAUUUCAGUGAUUGAAAAAAUGAUAGUUUCCGGUCAAUGUUAUCUCUCUUCCUGUGGAAGACGAGAGCAAGAAAUCGUGUGGGUAUUUUAUACAGCUU